GUGAAAAUGAAGUCCAGAACAACAAAUGAAGUCUCCUUCUUGUUCCUUGUCCUUCUCUUAAAAACCUCCGGCGACCCCUUCUUCUUCUUCAGUUCUUCCUCUUCUUGUUCCUUCACUGUUGACUGUGAUUCAUAUUCGGGCCUCGAUUUCCGUUCACCGGUGGUUUGGGGAAAUUAAUGUUGGUAGAGCGGAGAGGGAUGACGUGGCGCUCCGUGGCCAAGUCCCUGCAAGCUCUUGUGGCCCAUGCCCUGCUUUUCACAUUCACCGUUUUCCUCGUCCUCCGCCUCCACCACGCCGUCCGCUACCACUGGUGGAUCAUAUUCUCCCCUCUGUGGCUUUUCCAUGCAGUUGUAGCAAGAGGCAGAUUCUCAUUACCAGCUCCAGUGCCACCUAAUGAUCGUCACUGGGCGCCACUUCAUGCUGUCACGGCAACCCCCUUGCUCGUUGCGUUUGAACUACUGCUUUGUAUAUAUCUAGAGAACAGAUACGUUGUAAGCUUGAAGAUUGUCUUUGUGCCAUUGUUGGCAUUUGAACUAGCAAUUUUAUUUGACAAUGUCAGGAUGUGUAAGGCUCUAAUGCCUAGUGAUGAUGACACCAUGAGUGAUGAUGUGAUAUGGGAAACUCUUCCUCACUUCUGGAUUUCUAUAUCUAUGGUCUUCCUUAUUGCUGCCACAACAUUCACUCUUCUAAAGAUAAAUGGUGAUAUUUCUGCUCUAGGCUGGUGGGACUUAUUUAUAAACUUUGGCAUUGCACAGAUGUUUGCCUUUCUUGUUUGCACGAAGUGGUAUAACCCAGCAAUUCACAGACAUGCUCACUCUGGAGAAGCAUGUUCAUCUUCAGUGACCAUAAGAUAUCUUGAUUGGAAUAGAGGCUUUGUAGUUUCUUCAGAAGAAGACCAAGAAGAGAGUGGAAUAUGCAGCCUGCAGGAUAUUGGUGGACAUAUUAUGAAAAUUCCUCUAAUCACUUUCCAGAUUCUGCUGUUUAUGCGCUUAGAGGGAACACCAUCCGGUGCUAGUCAAAUCUCAAUUCCACUUCUUUUUGCUCCUCUUCUUUUACUGCAAGGAGCUGGUGUUUUAUAUGCUGCAUAUAGGUUGAUAGAGAAAAUUGUACUUUUAGUACGUAGUGGAGUUGUUUCUGAAAGAUACUUGGUCAUAACAUCAAAAGUUCGUGAUUAUUUUGGGUUCCUGCGUCAUGGUUCUAGGCUUCUGGGUUGGUGGUCAAUUGAUGAAGGAAGUCGAGAGGAACAAGCUAGACUGUAUUCUGCCGGAGCUUCAGGGUAUAACACUUUCUCACCUGAUGUAGUGAAGAAGAUGCCUAGGUCGGACCUUGUUGAGGAGAUUUGGAAACUGCAAGCUGCACUUAGUGAGCAAACAGAAAUCACGAAAUUUAGCCAGCAGGAGUAUGAAAGACUUCAGAAUGAAAAGAUCCUAUGCAGAGUAUGCUUUGAAGAACAGAUUAACAUAGUCCUCCUUCCAUGCAGGCAUCAUGUGCUUUGCAGCUCUUGCUGUGAGAAGUGUAAAAAGUGCCCCAUAUGUCGGGUCUGUAUUGAACAGAGACUCCCGAUAUAUCAUGUAUAAUUUCAAACAAUUAAAGCAGGAAGAGCAGCAGCUCCAGAACUCCCAAGUUGUUGGUUGUGAAUUUUGGUUGAAUCCAGCAAUUGAGUCUGCCUCCUUUUGUUCAUGCUAGUGUGUUGUAGUUUCAUACGGAAGAACUGUAAAUUCUAUACCCUUGUAGUCACCGACAACAGCGGUUCUGUCAUUUGAAGUUUUUCUUGUUCAUGUUCAUGACACUGUUAUAUAGCCGUACAGUUACCCACCAGUCAACCACUGUCUUAAGUCAGGAAUGUGGAUUGGACUCUUCGAAAUUUCAGAAGUAUUGGUCUUCUUCAGUAUAUAAA